AUGUCUAGACAAAAGCAUGACGCCGCCGGCAAGACGCAACCCAAAACUGUUGAGCGUGCCGAGAAGGGCGCCCUCACGCCUAUCAGCGACUCUUUCCAGGUCGACUCGACUCCGUUCUACAGCCGAGCGUUAACACCCGACAAGAUCGCCAGGGAGGGCUUCCUGAAGUUCAAGGAGCUGCCUGACGAGAUGAGAGCGAAGGUCUGGAGACACGCUAUGCCGACCUACGGGACCUACACAGCCCUCAUCUACGGGCGGGAGGAGCCAUUGCGUCGGCAGCCGCCUCGUCCUGCACCCUUAGCAUUCCGCGUGGAGUAUCGGCUGGAGCCUGUCCCCCGAGACCAACCAGACGCGGAGCGCAGGAUUCGUCUUGACACCAUGCGAGCCAUCCAAUCUGUCAACUCAGAGGCUGCGUCCGAGAUAAGAAGGGUGUUUCCCACCACCAUCGCAUGCACCGAUGGAUUGAUGCGGUUCAAUGCGAAGCAUGACAUCCUAAAUCUCUCCGUCUUGCAGUGCCCAUUGGGCGCAGGCUUCUUUGAGCGAUUCCGUCGAUACGCCCAGGGAGCUGUCCUCUUCGCAGGCGACUGGCACGAGAUCCCCCGGAAUAUGACAAUGAAUAGCGAGGAGCUUUGGUACGGUUUUGCUGGCUUGCACAACCUGAUCUGGCCAAGGAAGCCCGCCAUCCCAGCACCCAAGCCCGAGUGCAUCGAAGGAUUCCUCGAUUUCCUCGCCGACUGUAUCAAACUGGACACAUUCGGGUUCACCUACAACAAGCGAUCCAUCAACGUCCUGCAGCCCGUCCACAGGCGCUACAUGCACCAGAGGCUGCUUGGAAAUUCGGUGGCUUGCGACUCAAGUCCCGUGAUGAACGGAUCAUUUUACGACAGUCAAAAUAGUAGUCGGCAGCGGCGCUCAGAGUUCGUUGAAGUGGAGACCUUCAUGGCGGGCCUCAAGGGCCUUGGCACACUCAUCCACGGACUUCCUGCUGGAACAGUGGCUCCUCAAAGCUUGCGAGGAAUGAAUUUUGGUCGUCAAGAGCUGCAUCACCUGGGCUUCCAGCUUCUACUUCCCGAGUCUCAUGUCGAGCCCUGA